AUGGCUGAAUCAAACGACGCCGUCUCCCUCGAUAUGGAGAAGAUCUAUCUUGGUGGAAAGGAACAUUUUAUACGAACUGGCUGUGGUUCUGUGUCUGUUAUUGUGUAUGGAGACCAAGAGAAGCCUGCACUUAUAACUUAUCCUGAUUUAGCUCUAAAUCAUAUGUCUUGUUUCCAAGGGUUAUUCUUUUGUCCUGAAGCAGCUUCUUUGCUGCUCCACAACUUCUGCAUAUAUCAUAUCAGUCCUCCUGGCCAUGAGUUAGGAGCUGCUUCAAUUUUUCCUGAUGAUCCUGUGCCUUCUGUUGAUGACUUGGCAGAUCAGAUCCUUGAGGUUCUCAACUUUUUUGGGCUUGGUGCAGUUAUGUGCAUGGGGGUGACAGCGGGUGCUUAUAUCCUUUCCCUAUUUGCUAUGAAAUAUAGGGAGCGUGUUCUUGGAUUGAUACUUGUAUCCCCUUUGUGCAAAUCACCCUCUUGGACAGAAUGGUUUUAUAAUAAGGUGAUGUCGAAUAUGCUAUAUUUCUAUGGCAUGUGUGGUUUGCUAAAAGAGUGUUUGCUUCAGCGCUACUUCAGUAAGGAGGUUCGUGGUAGUGCUGAAGUUCCAGAGUCAGAUAUAGUUCAAGCAUGCAGAAAAUUACUGGAAGAGAGGCAGAGCUCAAAUGUUUUUAGAUUUCUUCAAGCAAUUAAUCGGAGACCUGACAUAACUGAAGGGUUGAAGUCGCUAAGGUGUCGCACACUUAUUUUUGUUGGGGAUAGCUCUCCUUUCCACUCUGAGGCUCUCCACAUGACCGCAAAGUUGGAUAGGAGAUAUAGUGCCUUAGUAGAGGUCCAGGCUUGUGGAUCCAUGGUAACAGAGGAGCAGCCACAUGCAAUGUUGAUACCUAUGGAGUACUUCUUCAUGGGGUAUGGCUUGUAUAGGCCAUGCCAUUUCAGUGACAGCCCUAGGAGCCCACUCAGCCCGUCUUGCAUCUCCCCAGAGCUUCUCUCCCCAGAAAGCAUGGGUUUGAAACUAAAACCAAUAAAGACCCGUGUUUCGCUAGGACGAUAA